UCUUCCCCAUGAAACGACUCGGGCGGCGUUUCCAAGUCGACGAAACGCAUGUGAAACCCGCACUGAGAGCUUCAGCCGUUUCAUGGCGGAUCUCGUGUGCGCUGGGCGGCCGCGCUCCCGCUCGGACCUUGCGCGCCAAAUCGUUGCAGCUCGCGCCAAAGCCAAUCGGUCUCGCCACCAAAGCCAAUCCAUCCCCUUCCCUGCAGUUGGAGCCGCCACCCCUGUUUUAGAUCUCCACCCCUGCCCUUCCUCCCUUCGCCUCCUAGCUGCUGGUGGAGCGGUGCUCCGUGAAGAUGCCCCGCCAGGGGGAAGAUCGUCCCCAGCCCGGCGGUGGCUCUGCAAGAUGUCGUGGCGGUGGUCCCAUGAAGGGCUGCGGUGGCGGCACAGAGGAGGGGCGUGGUGGCGGCUUCAUGAAGGGCCUCGGCGCCGGCACGACGACGGGCGGGGGUGGCACUUCUCCGACGACUCCGGUGUCUCUGGCAGCUCCAACGGCAGCUCCACACCCACCACCACCCAUUCCAUGUUGGCCUGGAACUGGAACCGGAGGUAGCAGUGGCCAGAGCAGUUUCUCACAAUAUGUGAAUCCAUGGAGCAUUUGUGCAAGGAUAUCAAUUGGGAGGCUUGUGCUUUUGAUCAGUUAUCUUGGAAGGCUGCAGUGUAGUGGAAACUUCAGUAUUAUUUUUCAGUUAUUUUGAAGGCUGCAAUGUAGUGGAAACUUAUGUAUUUGUUUUCAGUUAUUUUGGUGUGAAACUGCUCCAUUUGGAAUGUGAACU